AUGGAGAAACUUGCCCCAAUUGAUUCACUAGUCAUCCUUAAGUUAUGUGAUGUUAUGCCCAGUCUAAAUUUUAAGUACCUUUCCACUUAUGCAUAUGCAAUUUCUAGUUUAGUCCAUCUGUUUGCCAAUAUUUUUGUGUUCAAUAUAGAUUUCAACGUAUUCUUCGCUUUCUUACCAUUCCACACGAAUAUUUUCAGGCCAGCGUCCAAGAUGAAGACAAAAUUAGGAUCCAAGGAAUCUGACGAAACGGCUACUGGUUCUAGGUGA